AUGGCUGUUCACCAGCCAAUGUGUAUCAGAAGGCCAGGUAUAUGUGAGUUUUGUGAGAGAGAAAGAAUUUCUUCCCGCCCUAUUUGUUCGGUCCCAGCCAUGUCUACCCAAACUUCCGGCAGCACCGCCCCUUCCUCCUCCACUGAGGACCCCAAGCACUUCGAUAUGAAAAAGUGGAGUUCGGUUGCCCUCUGGUCCUGGGAUAUUGUCGUGGAUAAUUGUGCGGUUUGCAGGAAUCACAUCAUGGAUCUCUGUAUCGAAUGCCAAGCCAACCAAAUAGUCGGUGCCGAUAAUGAAUGCACUGUUGCGUGGGGUGCAUGCAACCAUGCAUUCCACUUUCACUGCAUUAGUCGAUGGCUGCAGAACCGGUCAGUAUGUCCUUUGGAUAAUGCUGAAUGGGAGUUCCGAAAGUAUGGUCGCUAGAUCUUUUAGGCUGCUACCACUUCCAACUCGUGGAAGAAGGUUCCUCAUAUUUCUUCAGCUUUCUGAUGAUUCGACCGGAUUUGCUUGUAAUUUUUUUAGGGCGAGCUGUGCUAUGUUUUUAAUUUGCAUGGGUUAAGUUACAUUUUAAUUCUCAUUCGUUUUACCAUCUUCUACGUUCAUGUUUGUU